CAGAGGAGUCGCAGCCUGCCUCGCGGCGGAAGCGGCAAUCGAACAUGUUUCCAGGGGACGCUUAAAACGCGCGUUUCUGGAUUACUCGCGAGCCUGGAGACGUGGCAUCGCGCCUCCACGCAGGAUCUCCCGUGGAUUGUGAUUUUUGUUGUCUUUAAAUUCUGCUUGCUCCGCAGUCGUGCUUGGACUGCAGACCAGCAUCAAGCCGGUACCGGCGGGAGGCUGUGGAGGAGACCGGGUCUGAGCCGCUACCGUGUACCCGUAUUGGAGACGCACUAUGUCCGUGUCACGCGCGCGUGGCGAGACGGGCUCGUAAGCUCGCUCUGCGUGGGGAAUGUUAAUGCAGAGCCGAGACCUUCAGCGCUGCAGAGGGACGGAGGGCGGACGGAUGCGGGAUCGUGCCACUGACGCGCUUUUCUCAUACAUUCCCACCACUGUCCUCCACUCGUUUUCAUCUGCAGAAAAAAAACAAACAGAUAUGAUUUGCCGCGAUUACUGAAAAUAUAACAAUGAACUGAUGUGCUGAAAGUAUAAAUUUACCUCUCUGUCUUUGAAAUAAUCUGUAGAAGAUGGGAAACAGCUUUUCCAAUAUAUCUGCGUUCCAGUCCCUUCAUAUUGUCAUGCUGGGGCUGGACUCUGCUGGCAAAACCACAGUCCUUUACCGUCUCAAAUUCAAUGAGUUUGUGAAUACGGUGCCCACCAUUGGCUUCAACACGGAGAAGAUAAAACUGAGCAACGGGACGGCCAAGGGCAUCAGCUGCCACUUCUGGGACGUGGGAGGCCAGGAGAAGCUGAGACCCCUGUGGAAGUCGUAUAGUCGCUGCACUGAUGGCAUCAUCUACGUAGUGGACUCUGUGGAUGUAGACAGGCUGGAGGAGGCCAAGACGGAGCUGCACAAGGUCACCAAGUUUGCUGAGAACCAAGGAACCCCAUUGCUGGUGAUCGCCAACAAGCAGGACCUACCCAGGUCCCUUCCAGUGGCCGACAUCGAGAAGCAGCUGGCCUUGCAUGAGCUCACACCAUCCACCACGUACCACGUCCAGCCAGCCUGCGCCAUCAUUGGAGAGGGGCUCCAUGAGGGCAUGGACAAGCUGUAUGAGAUGAUCCUCAAGCGGAGGAAGUCCCUCAAGCAGAAGAAGAAGCGGUAGCCACAAGCUACUAAAGCCUUUUUACUCUCCUUUCUGCCAGAAGUACUGUACUUCCUGUUGUGUAUGUCCUAACCCUAUUCCUCAUCCUAACCCUAAAAUAAAAAUGUUUACUUAACAUUGAUAAUUUGACUUAAUCUCCAGUGAUGGACCAUUUACACCUGAUGCUGUGAAUGCAGUCUACUGUGUUGCACACAAGAGACAUCUGACAUGUUUUCACUGAAGUCAACCAAAAAAACUGCAAAAGACUUAAUGACUGAAAUUAAAGUAAAAACGGGCUGGCUCCUGUUUGCUGCUGCUUCACCACGGAUUAUAAAUGUAGCGUCACAAUUUAUAUCAAGGAGUCUAUAUA